CCAAGCGGGAAAUGUCUCCGCCGACCAAUGAUGACGUCGUUUUCAAUAGUCGCCCUUUCCCCUCCCCCCUUCUCUUUCUCUCUUCCCUUCCCUUCGCUAAACGCAAAACUGCCUUUUUCUCUUCCUUUAACCUCUCUUCUCCCUCCUCCCUCCUCCCUCCUCCCUCCUCCCUCCCCCCAAACAAAUCUUCCUAUUCGAUUUUGGAUUUGGAUUUUUAUUUAAUUAUAUUUAUUGUAUAAAUAUAAACGCCCAACUCUUUCUCCAUCCUCUAGCUUAAUCAGAUUCCUUUGUUCUUUCCUUCUUCGUCCCCUCUUUUGGGUUCUUCCGUCAAUUUUAGUUCUUCGGAAGAUGCCCUAAUUCCUAUCUAUAAAUUAUUCAAUUUUAAUUAGUCAAAUUGUUAUUCUUAUUUCAAUCGAGCUGUUGUUGUUGUUGUUGUUGUUGUUGUUGUUGUUGUUAAAGUUAUGGGUAUGAUGGCCGUGGAACAAUUACAUCAGCAGCAGCAAUCUGGUGGUGUCAGGUCCGAAGAUCUCGUUGACAAGAAGAAGAAGCGUCGAUCUACUCGCCGUGCUAAGCACAAUUCUUCUGCCAUUGAGUCAGUGUCUAUUGAAGGAGCUGGACAAUAUCAACAUGCGUAUCACAACUUUCAGAAUGGUAGCAUGUCAACUAAUGCUUCUUCGUCAAACCAAUUUGCACAAAACAGUAUUAAUCCCCUCCUAACCAGCCAUAUAGAUCAACCUUCAGCGAAUCUGAACUCUGGCAUACAACUUAUUUCAAGGUCUUCUCCAACUCCUCGUACCUUUCAACAUUCGGCUGGAUCGCAUGGUAAUCGUGAUUUCACACCCCCUCACUUAAUUUAUGGGUCUAACAAGCAGAAGCACUUUGACCCACACUGGUCCUUGGAUGUUGUUAUGGAGGCAUUGCAGAAAGGCGAGGUCUUCCAAGCAAUAUUACGCGUCAAUGCACAUAACAGACAUGAGGCUUACUGUACAAUUGAAGGCGUCCCAACAGAUGUGUUUGUUAAUGGAAUCCCUAGGCAAAAUAGAGCUGUAGAGGGAGAUGUUGUUGCAAUUAAGGUUGAUAGUCCUCACUUGUGGAGUAGGAUGAAAGGAUCAUCUGGGUCUGGGAGCAAUUUGUCUCCGACAGACAAUCGUAAUCCUUCUGUUUAUGCUGAAACCAAUCAGGACAACUCCGGGGGAAAAACUUCAUUGGAUGUUGAAUCUGGUUUUCAACCUGUGACAACUUGUUCACCUGUUGAGGAGAAUGGAUGCGGAUCAAACUAUAUUCAUGCUAAUGGCCGUCACUGCUCUGGGUUAGAUCUUUCAGGUGAAGGUUUUCCUCGUGAAGAGAAUGAGGUUCUAAAUUCAGUUGAUAGAUUGUACACAGCGGUUGUUUCCUCCCCGUCAAAAAGACCAACUGGUAGGGUCGUAGCAAUAAUUGAACCCUCUGUUCGUAGAAAUGCUGUUAUUGGUGUUCUUAACGCUUAUUGGUUACUUCAUGGUAAGGAGGGUUACAAGAAAGAGAACAGAAAUAACUCAGAUUUGCUGCCUCCUUCAAACUGCAAUUACAUCCAUUUAAUACCAACUGACCCAAAGUUGCCUAAUAUGAUUGUCCCUGUGGGAGGUUUGCCAGCUGAUAUUAAGAAAAUGUUGGAUGAUGGUGAUGCGUCAAUAGGAAGAGAACUUGUCGCUUCACGGAUUGAUAACUGGACAGAAGAAAGUUUACUUCCACAAGCGAGUGUAAUGCGUAGUUUUGGGCCUGGUGAGGAAGUGGAAUCUCGAAUUGAGGCAGUUUUGGUAGAAAAUGCAAUUUGUUCUACUGAAUUUUCUGAGGAAUCGCUUUCUUGCCUGCCAGUUGAGUCAUGGAAGGUCCCACAGGCAGAGUUGCAAUGUCGUAAAGAUAUUAGAAACCUUUGUGUGUUUACAAUUGAUCCUUCCACAGCUACUGAUCUUGAUGAUGCCCUCUCAGUUGAAAGGUUGUCAAAUGGAGUUUUCAGGGUUGGGGUUCACAUUGCUGACGUGUCUUAUUUUGUUCAACCAGAUACACCCUUAGAUAUAGAAGCUCAAGUUCGAUCUACCAGUGUGUAUAUGUUGCGACGUAAGUUGUCCAUGUUACCUGCCUUGCUUUCGGAAAAUUUAGGUUCCCUUAUCCCAGGAGUAGAUAGGCUCACUUUUUCUAUCUUUUGGGAUUUAGAUGUUUCUGGUAAUGUCCUAGAUAGAUGGGUUGGUCGUACGGUGAUUAGGUCUUGUUGCAAGUUGUCUUAUGAACAUGCACAAGACGUAAUUGAUGGCCGAGUCACUGUAAACAGUUUGGAGAGGGGUGAAAAUGGCUUUCCUCAGCUUUUUGGCCAUUUUACUUGGCAUGAUGUUUUCCAGUCUAUCAGAGAUCUUAACAAGAUAUCUAAAGCUUUGAAGGAUAGCCGAUUCGUUGAUGGUGCUCUGCGACUUGACAAUGCCAAGGUUGUCUUCUUACUGGAUGAGCGUGGAUUUCCUUACGAUAGCGUACUUUCUGAGCGGAAAGACUCCAAUUUCCUGGUUGAGGAGUUUAUGCUUUUGGCAAAUAGGACUGCUGCAGAAAUAAUUUCUAGAGCUUUUCCAGACAGGGCUUUGCUGCGGAGGCAUCCUGAGCCUAACUUGCGGAAGCUUAAGGAGUUUGAAGUAUUUUGCAGCAAAAAUGGGUUAGAACUGGAUGUUUCUUCAUCUGGCAGCUUACAUAAAUCACUGGAAAAGAUCAAGGAGAAGCUCAAGGAAGAUUCAAUGUUUUAUGAUAUAGUAAUAAAUUUUGCAACUAAGCCAAUGCAACUUGCAAAAUACUUUUGCACAGGAGACACAACAGUGCCCACAGAUGGUUGGGGGCAUUAUGCGCUGGCACUUCCCCUAUACACUCAUUUCACUUCACCAUUGCGUCGAUAUCCCGAUGUGGUUGUACAUCGAACAUUAAUUGCUGCUAUAGAGGCAGAACAAAUUUAUAUGGAACAGGAAGGCAAAAGAAAUGAUCUUAGUCAGGCAGGGAAAGUUAGGUGCUUUACUGGGAAGACUUUUGAUAAAAUUGCUGUCGAAUCUGUUCGCGCCCAGGAAGCAUUAUCUGCUGCUGCAUUGAAGCACAGGCUGACGUGUAGGGAGAAACUCACACAUGUAGCUUCCUACUGUAAUCAGAAAAAAUUGGCUAGUCGCAUUGUCAAGGAUGCUGUUGAUAAACUCUAUAUGUGGGUGCUGCUGAGGACUAAAAAGGUUUUGCUAUCAGAAGCAAGAGUUUUGGGUGUAGGACCUAGGUUUAUGUCAAUAUAUGUGCAGAAGCUGGCGAUUGAGAGGCGUAUAUAUUAUGAUGACGUUGAUGGCUUGAUAGUGGAAUGGCUAGAGGCUACAUCCACACUUGUGCUGAGCACUGUACAACACAAUAAUAGUAAGCGGUCCCAAUGGAGAGGAAGCCCUGGUAAAUACAAGCCACUAGAAGAAGUGGCCUUAGUUCGUAGUCCUUGCGACUUGGAAACAGAUUUGGAUGCUUUGCUGCAAAUUGACAAUUCUGGUAAACCAUGUGAGGCGGCUACAGAUUGUAUGAAAACAUGUAGCGAGUCUAGAGUGAAGAUUGAACCUGGUGUUUUCCCCCUCACAAUUCGUGCUAUGUCCACAAUCCCUGUUGCACUCCAUGCUGUUGGUGGAUAUGACGGGCCUCCAGAUAUUGGUGCGAGGCUCUAUGUUACUUCGUAUUUCAGGUGACUUCAGACUUCAGAAUUGUGUUUUUAUAACUCUGGAAACGGAUUUAUCUUCCAUGCAGUGCAUGAGUAUUUGUAGAUAGUAAAGUCGGUGUACAGUGUAGCAAACAUACAAUUUGGAGGUAGUUUUGUUUGAAGAGGGGAAGGGGUAAAUGAUCUGGCUGUUGAUAAUGGUAGCUAUAUUUUUUAAUUAACAGCUGCUUGUGAGGAUUCAAGACCAUCAAGUCCCAUGUUAUAUUUUUUUUAGAAUUGGGCUGGUCGAACCCUUUUGUCACGGUCAUUUCUCUAGUUUUCUUCUUCUUUUUAUUUAUUUUCAAUUUGAAUUUAUCUUUUGGUGUUGCCCAAAUAUCAUAUCUUUUUACUUUUGGGCAGCUAUUUGUGAUUUGUAAUUUCAAUUUUUUACAUUAAUAAGAAAUUCGCAGCAAGAUUAUAUUGUUA